AUGAUUGUAUUAUAUGUAUCUCCUUACUUUCAAGGUGACUGUCGAUUGAAAUGCGACAACUUCGAAAGGGAUAACUUCGUUCAUGAACUGCUUGCUACGCUUGGAAUUUCUGAUCGAGUUGUCAUGAUGGGACAUAGCAGAGGAGCAGAGAAUGCUAUAAAAGUUGCUGCUAGGAAUACGGUGAGCACAAUUCUUGGUGUAGUCAAUAUAGCACCUGGUUGA